CGUGCUGUGGUGCACACGCGUUUCACUAGUUUUGACAAGGGAAUGCUUUUCUUUUGGAGGCGACAUCUCUUGUUUUCCAUCAGCGCGCGCUUGAUGCGGAUUAAAUCACUCCAAAAACAUCAAUCUCGUCUCAGAGCGGAUCAGCACCUUGGACAGCGGAUGCCAGAGAUGCUCCAAGGCAGAAGAGCAGAUAGAGAGUUGUGACCUUCCAUUUCGCCGUCACAUCUAAAAGAACUCCUGUGCAUGCUCGGCUCGGUUGCAGGAGUAAGAGAUAACGUCAAGAGAGCGGUGCGGUAUCCAGCCAUGCUGUUUAUAUGGGUCAGCUGACACAGACAAGCAGGCUCAUGUCGGUAAGGUCAGGAAGUCAACACAAUCUGGCUCAGCUGCGGAUACACAUAAAGGUAUAUCAAAGCCACCUCGAAUCAAAGAGAUAUUGAUGAACUAAACAAGUGUGGAGGCAAUGUGAAUCUCAAAAUGUGCUAAGGAACAGACACUGGACUGAGUGGAGCUUUGCUGAACGGGCUCCUCAGUCUCCAUCAUCGAUGGACAUCAUUUGCACAUCAUGAACUAACAUUGCAACUUUUUGAAGGGUACAUUUUGUUUGUUUUUUUACUUUAUAAAAGAGACGGCACCAUGGUUCUGCCGCCACCUGACAAGAGGCAUGUGUGUUUAACCACCAUUGUGAUCAUGACCAGCAUGGCCUUCAUGGAUGCCUACCUUGUAGAGCAAAACCAGGGCCCACGUAAAAUCGGCGUCUGCAUUAUCGUCUUGGUUGGAGAUAUUUGCUUUCUUAUAGUCUUGCGAUAUGUGGCUGUGUGGGUGGGAGCUGAGGUAAGGACUGCGAAGCGAGGUUACGCCAUGAUCCUUUGGUUCCUCUAUAUCUUUGUUCUGGAGAUCAAACUCUACUUCGUCUUCCAGAACUACAAGGCUGACCGUAAAAGUUUGGAGACGGUCGCUCGGAAAGCAUUGACUUUGUUGCUGUCAGUUUGUGUACCUGGACUCUACCUUGUCCUUGUCGCUCUUGACAGCAUGGAGUAUGUUAGAACCUUUCGGAAAAAGGAGGACAUGAGGGGUCGCCUCUUCUGGGUGGCACUUGACCUUCUUGAUGUCCUGGACAUUCAGGCUAAUCUUUGGGAGCCACAGCGGACAGGUCUGCCCAUCUGGGCUGAAGGUCUGAUGUUCUUCUACUGCUACAUCCUGUUGUUGAUCCUGCCUUGUGUUUCUCUAAGCGAGAUCAGCGUGCAGGGUGAGCACGUGUCGCCUCAGAAGAUGAUGCUGUAUCCAGUCCUCAGCUUGGUGACCAUUAAUAUCGUCACCAUUCUCAUUCGAGGGGUCAACAUGGUGCUGUUCCAGGACAGCCGAGUCUCGACCAUCUUCAUAGGAAAGAACGUAGUUGCUAUCGCCACUAAGGCCUGCACCUUCCUGGAGUACCGAAGACAAGUUAAGGAGUUUCCCCCACAGGAUCCUGCAGGGAUUGCAAUGGAGAUACAGCAGAACUCUGUGCCACACAAUCAAACGCUACCAAACGCCACAACCACUCUCCCAGAAGAGCCCUCACCAGCCCGUGAGGUCAUUGACACGUGACCAGAGCUGACCAAAUUGUCAGGACUUUGUAGAAUAAAACAUUCGUAAAUUCAGACCAGGACAAGAUGAACUAGACUUAUUUUGGUCCCUCUGCUAUUGAGCAAGGAGUUCAGCCCUAAGAUUACUUCUUUGAAGGAUGUUUUUAAAGCCCUGCUCAUCUAGGCUGAGGCCAUUGAUGCUCAGAUGCACAAAUGGCAGCUCACAAGAUCUUGCUUUUAACCGGAUUUUGUAAUUUCAAGCUGUUUUGUGAAGUUAGAUUUGGGGUGUUUUUAAAGAGAUUUGUGUGAUCGUGACUCACCUGGCUCCCUCACAUGGAAUCUGCUCAGAUUUCUCCAGAAUCUCGUCAUUUUCAAAGUUCUUCAAAGCUCCUUGUGUGUAAUUUUAUAACAUAUUUUGGCUAGUCUUAAUAUGCUUUCAAAUAUCAUUGAGAGGCCAGAACUCUCAACUCACAAUGAUUAAACUAAUUUUACACAAUUCUGCAGACCUUCCCCCAUAAAAUCAGUGCUUAAAUGUGAGGAAAUUCCCUCCUGGGUUUGCUGAUGAGCAAAGAAAAACCAAGAAUACCAAGAAGUUCAGUAUUACGUCCAUUUCUCCUACAGAUUUAAGGCAAGAAGUGAACUUCAAGUGAACUUCAAAAUGUGUUUUGAAGAUUUUUGUGAUUUUAAGAUUAAAAUGAUCUUUUGCGUGUUAAGAUGUGAGCAUGUUUUAAAGCAAAACCACUCUCACAGGAUUUAUUUCCCUGGAAUAACUCUCACAGGAUUGUUUUUUUUUUCAAUUGGGAACAGAAAACCUUUUAAUUAGCCAAAUUUUUGUGUCAAGUUUUGUAUGUGUUGAAAAGAGGACAAAAGAGAGUUCAUUAAAAACAGAUUAUACUGGUUGAUAACACAAGAAUUAAUAUACAACACA